AGCUGUAGGAGUCCACGUGUCUCAAAUCUCCAAGCACAGGAAGAGCUACUUCAAGGAAAAGGGCGUUCAACACAGGCUAAGUAAGAACAGAGCUGACACUCAACACCAUACCUCAGCUUCUAGGCCCGACCUGUGGAGUCCUUUCCACCUCCAGGACAAAGUAGAAGUAGUUCUCCUGUGCUCCGCCAGCAGCAGCUAGCAGGAGUAGGAGGCGGCUGAACUUCAUAUAAACAUAGCCUGGAACACGCCCACCGGAAACAGGGUGCCUCAGAGCCUGUCCACCUGAUCAAACAUUAAGCACUUCCGGAAGUAGAGAGCUUCGUUUCCAAGGGGACGGUCUUCUGAAGCGGACAUGAGACUGAGGGCAUUUUUCAGCCUGUAAAGACCCAUGCUCUGAAUCUCCUCCAACCCUGAACUUGAGAUCAUCCUCUUUUGACCUCCGCUGGACUGGGUUCUAGAUACAUGUGCACAUGGAAGCUGGAAGGAAGUGUCUGAUCCCUGGGAGCUGGAGUUAGAAGUGGUGUUCCUCAAGAAAGAAAACUAGAAAUGGACCCGACAGAUAUGAAGGAUGAACAGAGCCUAGCACAUUGGCCAAACCAAAGACUCAGUAGACGUUGGUGCUGGCGACAUUGCUCAGCAGGAGAGUGUGCUCAGCCUUGGAAAGGCCCCAGCUUCAGUGUCCAUCACUGAAAAGAAAACUGAUGGUUGAAAUUGUUCUUAAAAUGUAUUUAGUUUUUUGUAAUAUACAGCAUGUCUGCUAUCCCCAGGACAUCAUUCACAAGGAGAGUCCUCCUUGUCUAUGAAAUGCAGUUAUCACAGCAGCUGGACUUGUUUCCUGAGUGCAGGGUAACCCUUCUGUUAUUUAAAGAUGUAAAAAAUGCAGGAGACUUGAGAAAAAAGGCCAUGGAAGGAUCUAUUGAUGGCUCAUUGAUAAACCCCAAUGUGAUUGUAGAUCCAUUUCAGAUACUUGUGGCAGCGAACAAAGCUGUGCAUCUCCACAAACUGGGAAAAAUGAAGACAAGAACUCUGUCUACUGAAAUUAUCUUCAACCUCUCCCCAAAUAAUAAUAUUUCAGAGGCUUUGAAGAAAUUUGGCAUCUCAGAAAGUAACACUUCAGUUCUGGUUGUUUACAUUGAAGAUGGAAACAAACAAGUGGAUCAGGAACACAUACUAUCUCAGGUGGAAGGCCAACAGGUGCCUUUGGAAAGUCUUCCAGAAAUAACACAGCUCUCAGAAGUCAAGAAGAUAUAUAAACUGUCAUCACAGGAAGAGAGGAUCGGGACACUAUUGGAUGGUAUCAUUUGUAGAAUGUCAACAAAGGAUGUUUUAUAAGAUGUUUAAAAUGUCAACAGAAAA